ACGGAAAAUACAGCAAUGAGAUGCAUGUCCUGAAGACGGGCAUAAGCCAAUCAAAGGCGUCUCCAGCUCCAAGUUUUGGUGGCAGCCAUUUUACGGAGGUUGGAGAAUCUGCAGACGUGCCCGAGAGCUCAAUAAUUUCGAAGGAACCAGUAGAUCAUCAGCCUACGCCUACGGAGAAUGGCGGCUACAACACUCCAAAGUUGCUGGAGCUUAAACGGGAGCUUGAGGUGGCUCUAACGUCAUGCCAAGACGAAAAUAACAAGCUAAAGAGCGAGCUGUCGAUCACUACGAACGAUCUCUCCAUGGAGUUGCAGUCAGUUCGGGGCCAGUUCGUGGCCGAGCAAACGAGAUGCUUCAAAUUGGAGGUCGAAGUCGCAGAGCUGAGGCAAAAGCUCCAGUCCAUGGAGGCGUUGCAAAAGGAGGUGGAUUUGCUACGACGGCAAAAGGCUGCCUCGGACCAAGUCGCGGCCCAGCUCGUCCAGCAGAAGCAAAACGCCUCUGGAGCUGCACGAAGGAGAGAAAACUUAAAAACCGUGACGAUGAGAAGUGGAAAAAGAAGCUCGGCUUCGAGAUUUUGUGGUAAUGCGAGGCCGUUUUAUAAAGAUAUUAAUCGGUAUUUUUUAGCGAAGCCAUUGAACGCUGUGUAACAUUGGCGGUACAGCAAAUAAAUUUUCAUUCCUUUCGUGCU